AUGAACAUUGGCACCAGCAUGAACAUUGGCACAUUGCAAGCGAAACCUCUCUACCUCGGUCGUCGUCUGCUGGGCGAAGGAGGUUUCGGCAAAGUCUAUGAAGUAGAACGAGCCUCGGACAAGAAGCUUUUCGCUCUAAAAAUGAUCACGGUCAACACCAAUGCCGAGCAACGAAAGGUUGCUGCUCAAGAAGCAGCACUUCACUCGAAAUUGGCACACCGCAACGUUAUCGCUUUACUCGAACAUUGGGAAUUCGAACGCUCUUUGCAUCUUCUUAUGGACCUGGGGACUUAUGGGGACCUAGAAAUGUUUCUGGCUCAGAGGAACAAGUCUACCAUUGAGCUCCGACGAAAUCUCUUUGCACAAGUCUGCGCCGGAUUACAUUACCUUCAUGAAGGUCAGGACAACCAAGUGUCGGUGAUUCAUCGCGACUUGAAACCCUCCAAUGUCCUGAUCGACCACAAUUUCUGUGCAAAAAUCGCCGACUUUGGCUUGGCAAUCACGCCUGGCUUCAGAUCGCCAGAAAUGCUGAGAGGCGAAAAAUACGGCGUCAAAAGCGACUUGUGGUCUCUCGGAUGCCUUUUUUUUCAAAUUCUGACAGGAAACUUGGCCGCUCUCGCCGAUCUCAACCUUCCUGAGAAAAACGUGGUCAACAGUCUUCUUCAAGCUGUGCCAUUGCAGAGACUGUCCUCGGCCCAGCUACUUGCCAAUUCUGCUAUCAUAGAUUGGCUUGUAGACACGCCCCUUCAUCUUGAUGAUGUGCAUCGAGAAAACACUCUGGUCGAUUCCGCAUCUCCCGUCGGACCGCCUGAGGAGACGAAAAUGAUACCUGUACAUCACAAGCUCGUGAGGCACCCGAGCCUCUCGCCUCUUUUAUCCUUUGUCACUGCUCAGACCUCCGACGAAAGAACGCGCAAAGUUGAGCAAUGCGAUCACAGCGCAGCAUUUGUAAUGUCUCGCUAUCCAUGGUACAUCUUCGGUCGUGCAUCGCGUUCAUACAAGCAGAGGCCUGGCUUCAUUCUCAUUCUGCACGAUGGAGACUGCAGCCAGCGAGUGCAGUCGAACCGGGAAGGACACGCUCCGAUACACGGCAAUAACGACAAGGCUCUUCCUUGAUUCUCGUUAUCGCUCGAAUAAAUUGUUUCUUGUCUACCUUAAAGAGUGAUCGACCCGAUACGCAACCAGCAUCAUGGUUCGUGAAGGAAUCAGCUAUGGUGCCAAUAGUGCACAUUCAUUAUUCUGCUUGCUGUGCAGUGCUUGAAGGAACAAUUGGUAGGCUAGAGCCUAGGUCGAGGGCUCUUCUUCAUCAAAAAGAUGAUUAGAUCCACUUUGCCGUAGAGUUGAGAUUAGUGCAAGGCAGUCGCCCUCCUUUUUUUUUUUUUU